GACCCGAGUCGACACUCCCGCCCGGCCCCUUCGCCACUCACCCCGCAGUAGCGACCGACCCACACCGAACCAAAGACUCCCAAUCCAAUCCAAUCCAAUCCAACAAUCCAUCGCCAAGAUGGCAACUGCCGGUACCAGAGGAGAGCGCUUCCUCUUUUUCGCGGCAGCGCUCGCCGCCUCCCUGUGGCCGGGCGCUGCUCCCGGUGGCGGUUUGUGCUUGCUUCCCACCUGCUCCGCGUUUUCCGGGCCCCAAAAGGGAUUCGGUGCUUCACCCACCGGGUCCAAGCAGAAGCAGAAGCAGAAGAAACCGAAGCCCGCGGCCAUUGCGCCUGCGGACGACGAAACCGCCGAGAAGACGGCCCGGUCGCUCUUCGGGGUUUGCUCCCACCUGCAGAACCCGGAGCUCUAUUCCCCCCCGUGGGCCGGUGCGUGCAAGGCCGUCUACGAAGCGGGCGAGACCGGGUCCUCGGGGCCUCCGACGCUGAUCGCCAGCGAGGACAUUGCCCGGGGAGACAUUGUCACCAUGUAUCCGAUCCACUCGCUGGGUCUCCGCGGGGACAAGAGCAACGCCAAAAACAAAAACAAAAACAACAAAAAGAAGAAGAAGAAGAAAAACAAACACAAAACGAAAGGAACACCGAACCGGCGGACCACCGAUUACCUGGUCUACGACGCGGACAGGGACGGCGCCUUUUUCGGAUCCAGCCGCCGGACGACCAUGUACUGCGUCGACUUUCCCGCCAUGACGGACAAGCCCGAGCUSAGGGGGCAGUCCCUCUUUUUGGACGCCAAUCCGGACCGGGAGCUCGUCCCCGGCUGGCUGGGGCACCUGUGCGAGAGGACCGGCCCGGGGGAGGGGGCGGGCACUCGSAGCAGCAUCCAACGGGCCAACUGCGCGGCGAUCCCCRUCGAGGGKGCGGCCCCCCUGUGCAUGGUGGUGGCGACCGCCGAUGUUUCCAGGGGGGACAAGCUGGUGCGGGACAUUGCGACCAACGAGGGAAGGGCCCUGGAAAGGGAACGCAUCACCMAGAGCGGCCRCAUGGCGCUGGAAAAGCACMACGCGCAGCUUUCCGAGCUGAGGGCCUUCACGGACAUGGCCUACGCCCGGGACGAUCCAUCGGAGGGAGAACCACCGAAACCARGGGACAGCGGCGAAACAACCACKGARGCCGAACACGGCAAAAGGUACAAGAAGAUCAACACGGACUAUCCCGGGCUCGUGGAAUUCCACAGGGAUCCGGACGUCUACGCCGUCGAAGGCUUUUUGACGCCGGAGGAAUGCGACCGGAUCAUCGACAAGUGCAAGCCGUACAUGAGCCCGUGCCUCGUCUUCACCACCGGCGGCGACGGCGACGGCGACGAAAACCAAACCACGGAGGCCGCCCCCGACCCGAGCCGGACCAGCACCGAGUCCAUGCUCCCCCAGGCCGACGCACCCACCCUGCUGAAGAAGCUCAAAGGCCUCCUAAGGUGCAAGAAGGAAGAACUCGAGGUCCUCCAGAUUCUCCGCUACGAAAAAGGCCAGGAAUUCAGAGCCCACACCGACGGCUUCGACGGCCCGGUCACCGCGGCCGGCUUUGAGAACUCGGGCCGGCUGGUGACCAUCUUUGUCUACCUGAACGACGUCCCCMGGGGGGGGCACACCGAGUUUUCGGAACUGGGMUUUACCGUCGAGCCCAAAAAGGGCAGCGCGAUCGUCCACUUCCCGGCCACCCUCGGYCUAGAGGAGGACCCCCGGACCGUCCACCGGGGGAUGCCCGCGGUCGACGAGAAGUGGAUCCUGGCGACGUGGGUCUGGAAGGACGAGCGGACCGACCCGAGGUACGCCGAGUCCCGGCUGCCACCCCUCGGGGGGGAGCCGAUAUGAAGGAAAGAASGGAAAAACGAACGAACAAAAGGCGUGCGUCGGCGUUCUCGAAGGACGYGCCACCGAAGAUCCCCGGCUCGAGCGGACGGUUGUUUCCCUUUGGCACAGACCACAGUAAAAUAGCUAGCUAGCU